AUUUGGGAUGACGUCAUCGAACUACCAACUCCAGGAAACUGGAAGUUCUUAGUACGACUCCGUGUUUAACUGCAGUCUUAAUUCAGGAGUUUUACACAAGAAACCCUGCGGCGGGAGAAAAUAUUCGCGUGUUUUUGCAUUUAUUAUUUAAAGAAGCUGUCUUUGUAGAUAAACUUUUUGCGAAUCUAAAGCAGGAGUACGAGCAGGACAUAAAGUCUCCACACGUCACUAACUAAAGAUGUUGUCUUCGAGUCUGCUGGCUAAUAACCACACCGAACUCCAUGAUGACCAAGCGCAUAAAGUGGAUAAAUACCUGCACCAUCUUCAUCUGUCAGAUCAGACUUUGAUGGAUGUGUCUAUAAGAUUUCGACGAGAGAUGGACAAAGGCCUGUGCAGAGACACCAACCCCACCGCUGCUGUCAAGAUGCUGCCCACAUUUGUGCGCUCCACUCCUGAUGGAACAGAGCAAGGUGAAUUCCUGGCCCUCGACCUUGGUGGAUCCAACUUCCGAGUGCUCCUGGUCAAAGUUGGCAAGCAAGAGGUGGAGAUGGAAAAUCAGAUUUAUGCCAUUCCUGAACACCUCAUGAGAGGCAAUGGGUCUGAGUUAUUUGAACACAUAGCUGAUUGUCUGGCUAAUUUCCUGGAGAAGUUGGGCAUAAAGGAUAAAAAGCUUCCUCUGGGUUUCACCUUCUCCUUUCCCUGUCAGCAAACCAAGUUGGACGAGAGUGUUUUGGUGUCUUGGACCAAAGGCUUCAAGUCAAGCGGCGUAGAGGGAAAGGAUGUGGUCAGCCUUCUGAGGAAAUCCAUCAAAAAACGAGGGGACUUUGACAUUGACAUUGUAGCUGUGAUCAAUGACACAGUGGGAACCAUGAUGACCUGUGGCUACGAUGAUCGUCACUGUGAAAUUGGCCUCAUUGUGGGAACGGGUACCAAUGCCUGCUACAUGGAGCAGAUGAGGAACCUUGAGUUGCUAGACGGUGACGAGGGGCGGAUGUGUGUAAAUACAGAGUGGGGUGCUUUUGGAGACGAUGGUGCCCUGGAGGACCUGCGCACUGACAUUGACCGGGAAAUAGACGCUGGCUCGCUGAACCCUGGCAAGCAACUGUUUGAAAAGAUGAUCAGCGGCAUGUACAUGGGGGAACUGGUGCGUCUUAUCCUGGUGAAGAUGACCAAAGAGCAGCUGCUGUUCCAGGGCAAGACUACGGCAAUGCUCCUCACCACUGGAAGCUUCAACACCAGCUACAUCUAUGCCAUUGAGAAUGACAAAGAUGAGGAAGGUCUGGUUAGUGCUGAAAAGGUGCUUCGGGGCCUCGGUCUGGACCCGUCGGUUGAGGACUGCAUAGCCACUCAGAGGGUGUGUCAGAUAGUAUCUACACGGGCCGCACACUUGUGUGCUGCUACUCUAGUGGCUGUGCUGCGGCAGAUACGGGAUAACAAAGCAGCUGAGAAGCUGCGUGCCACUAUUGGAGUGGAUGGCUCUGUUUACAAGAAUCAUCCAGAGUUUUCCAGGAGGCUCCACAAGAUGGUACGGCGACUUGUGCCGGACUGCGAUGUGCGUUUUUUGCAGUCACAGUGUGGUAGUGGAAAGGGUGCAGCCAUGGUAACAGCAGUAGCCUACCGUCUUGCCGCUCAACAUGCUGAGCGUCAGCGCAUCCUCGACACCCUGCGUUUGAGCCGUGAACAGCUGCUGGAGGUGAAGAGGCGAAUGAGUGAGGAGAUGGUGAGAGGCCUGUCAAAGCAAACCCAUGAGCAGACGAGUGUCAAGAUGCUUCCCACCUAUGUCAGAUCCACACCAGAUGGAACAGAGCAUGGUGACUUCUUGGCUUUGGACUUUGGGGGCUCCAGCUUUCGGGUGCUGCUGGUGCGAGUGCGAAGUGGAAAGAAACACAAUGUGGACAUGCACCACAAGAUCUACAGUAUCCCGCAGGAGACCAUGCAGGGCACAGGGGAAGAGCUUUUCAACCACAUUGUGUACUGUAUUGCCGACUUUCUGGAAUACAUGGGCAUGAGAGGAGCAUCCUUACCUCUGGGAUUUACAUUCUCCUUCCCCUGUCGUCAAAGCAAACUGGAUCAGGGCAUUCUUCUGAAGUGGACAAAAGGUUUCAAAGCCAGCGGCUGUGAGGGACAAGAUGUUGUUAUGUUACUUAAAGAUGCUGUUCGCCGCAGACAGGAAUUUGACUUGAACUUUGUGGCGGUGGUUAAUGACACAGUGGGAACUAUGAUGACCUGUGGCUAUGAGGACCCCAAAUGUGAGGUGGGGCUCAUUGUAGGCACAGGGACCAAUGCCUGCUACAUGGAGGAAAUGCAGAACAUCGAACUGAUGCAAGGUGAUGACGGUCGUAUGUGUGUCAACAUGGAGUGGGGAGCAUUUGGUGACAAUGGCGAACUUGAUGCCUUCUGCACCCAGUUUGAUCACAUUGUUGAUGAUUGCUCUAACAACCCUGGGAAACAGAGGUAUGAGAAGAUGAUCAGUGGCAUGUACCUGGGGGAGAUAGUGAGGAAUGUGCUACUGGAUUUUACUGCUAAGGGUCUGCUGUUCAGAGGCAAACUGUCAGAGCGACUCAAGACACGGGGCAUCUUCGAGACAAAGUUCCUGUCACAGAUUGAAAGUGACCGUCUGGCCAUGCGACAGGUCCGCUCAAUUCUGCAGCACCUGGGCCUCACCAGCUCCACAUGUGACGACAGCGUACUGGUGAAAGAGGUGUGUAGUGUGGUUGCCCGCCGUGCAGCUCAGCUCUGCGGUGCUGGUUUAGCCGCUGUGGUCGACAAGAUCCGACAGAACCGCAACCUGAAUCAGCUUUCCAUCACCGUGGGAGUGGACGGCACCCUUUAUAAGACGCACCCACAUUUCUCUAGCAUCAUGCAAGAGACAUUGCAGGAUUUGGCACCGCAGUGUCGGGUGACUUUCCACAAGUCAGAGGAUGGCAGUGGGAAGGGAGCAGCACUGAUCACAGCUGUGGCCUGUAGGAUCAAGAGCGAAGGGUAGCACUGAAUCAUCAAGACAGUGAACAGGUAGAACCAGAGCUACUGCGACUGCUUUUCUGUUCCAGGUCACCAAAAUAAAGUCACAUACACCUUGACCUGAGUUUAGAUCUUUAGUACUGAAAUGUUUAAUCUGAUCUAUUUUGUGUGUGUGGGUUCACAUACACGUGUGUGAAUGUGAGUUUUUUGUUUGUGUUUGGAAUAGACAUAUUUAUAGUGUGAGCUGACGUAGGAUGGUGGUAAAAUAACUUCAGAAGUUACAGUUCAGCUUGUGUGUUAGAGAAGUUGCACCUUCUGUGAAAUAUGACUGUUACAAGCUUGUUUGUUACGCUGCCCCCCCCCCCUUUUUCUUCCUUUUUGCCCCUUCAAACUCCCAGGUUUCAUCUCGGCUGAUGAUUUUAUCACAGUGAAUUUAUAGUGUCACAUCAAUUUUAAGAAUGAUCAAACAAUAUUUGAAUUUGAAUACUUUUUAUACAGUUGUAAAGUUUAACUUUUUCAAAUUUGUCUUCAUAUUAGUAUAAAAUAUUUAAAGAUGUCAUUAAAAAUAAAUGUUGUACUCCCCAUCUCUACACUGUGAGUAGACCAUCUACCAUCAAUAAGAAAAGACUAGCUAGACUGACUAGAGUGACUCAGACAUAACAUAAUUAAAGAGUUUGCGACAACACCAGAAGCCUUAAUUGCUUACCUGGAGGGGGAAGUUAAUUAAACCACAGUGGCCAAAAGUAAAGGACAAGGAUUAGUAGCACUCUUGGGGUUGGGAGGAGGGAAUACAGAAAGUAAAAGGGGGGAUUGGUUCUACUCUUUUUAGACUAGUUUGAUUUAUUUUUUGUCUUUUGUAUUGUAUGUAUUUGUAUUUUUUUGGAUUGUGCAUUGUACAAAGGGAAAAAAAAGACAAUAUAUGACAUCUGGUAGUUCUGCAAGUGUCUGUACAGGUCUGUAGCUUCAGUGAGAGAUUUCAGAACAUUACAGAAUCACACUUGUGAGAAUCUGUUGUUUUCCCUGAAAUGUUUUGUUAAAACCAUAAACACCAACAUCUGGUUGUGUAAUCACUACAAUCAGCCUUUGUUUAUGGAACAAAUGUUUAUGGAGUAAUGCACAAAUACCAUAAAUAUCCUAUUACUGUAUCCAAUGGUGAAAUGUUUUUACCCCACUGAUUACACCAUGUUUGAUUAGCUUGAUAGGAAUACAAAUCUUCCAGUGCUCUGAAACUAAAACUAAGCUUUUUGCUUUUUAAAGAACAUAUCCUAUAUUUAUAGAAAGACAGAGUUCUUCAGCCAACAGCAGAUUGUCUGCUUUUGAUUUAGAUACAAGCUAACAACAGCUGUUAUUACUGUGUACUGUAAGCCUGAUCAUAAUUACCCUGCUUUCAUCAACAAUGUCAUCAAAGACUGUCACAAUAAAAUUGGCCUUGAAUUGC